AAACACUAAGCUCUAUUGGCGGCGGAGGAUUGGAGAAAAGCUAAAACUGGGAGAACCAAUCAACAGGUACCUAUGGACCACCGGCGGCGUUGGAGAAUCGGAGGUUAUAUUUUGGUUUCGGACACAAGAGGUCGCGAGUGGGGAAAGUAACUCAUACUCUCCUCUUCUCUGUAAGUCUCACAAUAGUUACAUAGAGGAGUAGAGAGAGAUGAGUGCUUCGCCGGAGCAUUCUCAUUCGGAUGGCAGCAAUAGCAAAAAGGAAAGGCCACGGUUCUUUGAUGCGAAAACGAAGAACUUGUGCUGGGAAAAAGCUGAUAUCGUCCCCGGACGGCACCCGGAGCGCUGGCGGAAAGACCCUGCCGGUAACAUCGUUUGUAAACGCUUCUGCAAUUGCUAUGGAUGUCUCUGUUUCGAGUAUGACCACAUCCUACCAUAUUCUAAAGGUGGAGAAUCUACAGCUGAGAACUGUCAAAUUCUUCAAACCAGGGUUAACCGAUUUAAAUCAGAUAAGGACUUGGUGGAGAAAACUGCUAUGCAGGGUUUCUCUUGUGAUUUAAAGUUUACUGAGAAGGAGCUUGACAUUAUUGAAAUGGCUGUUUAUGGAGAUGUGACCCGACCAGGUAACCAGUGCCGUUGCAGAACCAUGGCUGAAAUGCUUGGUCAAUUUAAGCCAAAAGACCGCAUGGCUGCUUGCAAAUUGCCAUAUGAUGAGACUUCAUAGCAUCCAAGGCGGAACCACCAUGUCAGGUUAUUUAGAAAAAUCUAGACCAGGUUUCUUCAUUGUCAGUUAUGGUGAAUCUCAUUCUCUAGGCAACCAUGUGGUGUCUUGUUUUUGUCCUUUUAAUCCACAAUUGCAUUCUUGUAUACUUGAUUAAGAUGUUGGUCUAAGAACAUUGGAUCUGUUGCAUUAGACUAUGAUUCUGUUAUUUAACUGGUAUGUUCAUGGGUUA